GGGGCAGAGGCAGGAGUCGCGAACGCCCGGCAGGCUAAUUGGCUUAAGACAUUCUGCAAGCGCUGGAAAAGGUCGUUGAAGGAGUUCGCUGCACACACACAAAAUAAUAAUCUUAAAAAAGAGUGCCGGGCAUGCGCACAGAGAGGAUGCCAUAUUGGAAGGAGGCUGUAGUGGGAGUCGGAGGACCGGGGCGGGCGCGCGAGGGAGGCGGCGGGCGGGGAGCGAGCGAGGCAGAGCGAGCGGGAGCCAGGCAGAGCGGGCGAGGGAGGCCGGCGUGCCCCCCGGCGGCGCCCGGGGCCUUGGUCCACGCCGAGGGGAGGACGAACUUCACCAGGUAAUUCUUCCUGCAGGAUGAAUUAAGAGAAGAGGAUCCUUACUCUUUAGGAAUGGAGAGCAGUCUGUCAGUUUCCAGGAUGCAAGACCCUUCAUCUUCACCCUUGGAAAAACAUCAGAGCUCAGCUAAUGGAAAUGGAGAUCUUGAUUCAGAAGAAGGUUCAAGCUUGGAGGAAAUCGGCUUUAACUGGGGAGAAUAUUUGGAAGAAACGGGUGCCAGUGCAGCUCCUCACACAUCGUUCAAGCAUGUUGAAAUCAGCAUUCAGAGCAACUUCCAGCCGGGGAUGAAGUUGGAGGUGGCGAAUAAGAACAACCCUGACACAUACUGGGUGGCCACUGUCAUUACCACCUGCGGGCAGCUGCUGCUCCUGCGCUACUGUGGCUAUGGGGAGGACCGCCGGGCCGACUUCUGGUGUGACGUGGUGAUCGCGGAUCUGCACCCCGUGGGGUGGUGCACGCAGAACAACAAAGUCUUGAUGCCCCCGGAUGCAAUCAAAGAGAAGUACACGGACUGGACAGAAUUUCUUAUUCGAGAUCUGACUAGUUCCCGGACGGCACCCGCCAACCUCCUAGAAGGACCUCUGCGAGGGAAAGGCCCUAUAGACCUCAUUACAGUUGAUUCCUUAAUAGAACUUCAGGAUUCUCAGAACCCUUUUCAGUACUGGAUAGUUAGUGUGAUUCAAAAUGUUGGAGGAAGAUUACGCCUUCGCUAUGUGGGAUUGGAGGACACUGAAUCCUAUGACCAGUGGUUGUUUUACUUGGAUUACAGACUUCGACCAGUUGGUUGGUGUCAAGAGAAUAAAUACAGAAUGGACCCACCUUCAGAAAUCUAUCCUUUGAAGAUGGCCUCUGAAUGGAAAUGUGCUCUGGAAAAAUCCAUUAUUGAUGCUGCCAAGUUUCCUCUUCCAAUGGAAGUCUUUAAGGAUCAUGCAGAUUUGCGAAGCCAUUUCUUCACAGUUGGGAUGAAGCUAGAGACAGUGAAUUUGAGCGAGCCCUUUCAUAUCUGUCCUGCGUCGGUGACCAAGGUUUUUAACAAUCAUUUUUUUCAAGUGACGAUUGAUGACCUAAGACCAGAACCUAGUAAACACUCGAUGCUGUGCCACGCGGAUUCUUUGGGGAUUUUACCAGUACAAUGGUGCCUUAAAAAUGGAGUCAACCUCACACCUCCCAAAGGUUUCUCUGGCCAGGACUUCGACUGGGCGGAUUAUCACAAGCAGCAUGGGACAGAAGAAGCGCCUCCCUUCUGCUUCAGAAAUACAUCCUUCAGUCGGGGUUUCACAAAGAACAUGAAGCUUGAAGCCGUGAACCCCAGGAAUCCAGGAGAACUCUGUGUGGCCUCUGUCGUCACUGUGAAGGGGAGGUUGAUGUGGCUUCGCCUGGAAGGCCUGCAGACUCCUGCUCCGGAGUUUAUUGUGGACGUUGAAUCCAUGGACAUCUUCCCAGUGGGCUGGUGUGAAGCGAAUUCCUACCCUUUGACCACACCACACAAAACAGUCUCACAAAAGAAGAGAAAGAUUGCAGUUGUGCAACCAGAAAAACAAUUGCCAUCCACAGUGCCUGUUGAGAAAAUACCUCACGACCUUUGUUUAUUUCCUCACCUGGACACCACAGGUACCGUCAACGGAAAGUACAGCUGUCCUCAGCUCUUCAUCAACCACAGGUGUUUCUCAGGCCCCUACCUGAACAAGGGGAGGAUCGCAGAGCUACCUCAGUCGGUGGGACCAGGCAAAUGUGUGCUGGUCCUUAAAGAGGUUCUUAGCAUGAUCAUCAAUGCCGCUUACAAGCCUGGAAGGGUCUUAAGGGAAUUACAGCUGGUGGAAGAUCCACACUGGAAUUUUCAGGAGGAGACGCUGAAGGCAAAGUACAGAGGCAAGACGUACAGGGCCGUGGCCAAGAUCGUUCGAACCUCUGACCAAGUCGCGGAUUUCUGCCGGCGAGUUUGUGCCAAGCUGGAAUGCUGUCCGAAUUUGUUCAGUCCUGUGCUGAUUUCUGAAAACUGCCCGGAGAACUGCUCCAUUUAUACCAAAACCAAGUACACCUAUUACUACGGAAAGAGAAAGAAGAUCAGUAAACCCCCAAUUGGGGAAAGCAGCAUUGAAAUCGGACACCCGAAACCAGCCAGACGGAGGAAACGGCGAAAAUCCAUUUUCGUGCAGAAGAAACGGAGGUCUUCUGCUGUGGACUUUGCAGCAGGCUCGGGGGAGGAAAGUGAAGAAGAGGAUGCAUAUGCCAUGGACGAUGACACUGGGAGUGAGGAAACCAGCUCUGAGCUCCGGGAUGACCAGACAGACACCUCUUCGGCCGAGGUCCCCUCCACCCGGCCCCGGAGGGCCGUCACCCUGAGGAGCAGCUCCGAGCCGGAGCGCCGGCCGCCCGUGGAGAGGGUGCGGAGGGGCCGGAGAGCACAGACCCCCUCCUGUGCCGAGGGCGGGGACAAGGGGACAGCAGCUGGCCAGGACGCGGCAGAGGAAAUAAAGCAGGAGGAGGAGGAGAGACUUGUUCUGGAGAGUAACCCGUUGGAGUGGACGGUCACCGACGUGGUGAGGUUCAUUAAACUGACCGACUGCGCCCCCUUGGCCAAGAUAUUUCAGGAACAGGACAUUGAUGGACAGGCACUCCUGUUGCUGACUCUUCCGACGGUGCAGGAGUGCAUGGAGCUGAAGCUGGGACCCGCCAUCAAGUUAUGCCAUCAGAUCGAGCGAGUGAAAGUGGCUUUCUACGCCCAGUAUGCCAACUGACUCCACCCUCGCUGGAGG